AUGGACGAGCUUGAUGCCAAGAUAAUUGCGACGCUUCGACAGAACGGCAGGGCGUCCAACGCAGGUAUCGCACGGAGCGCGGGGGUGAGCGAAGGCACGGUACGCCGCAGGCUGCGCCGCCUCAUCGACGAAGAGCACAUCUUCGUAGCAGCUAUCCCAAAUCCCGCGAUGAUGGGCAAUCCCUUCGAGGCGCUUAUCGGCGUACAAGUGGACCCGGACAAAGCCGACUUGGUGGCGGCCGCAAUGGCCGUGAUGGAUGAGCUAUCGUGGGUUACGGUCAGCACGGGGCCGUAUGACAUUUACGGCUGGGUGACUAUUGCAUCCCCAUCGGCCCUGAACGACUUCCUCCGCACGAGAAUAGCCGUCAUCCCCGGUGUGCGGCGCACCGAGACCUACGUACAUCUCGAUGUUAAGAAGCGCUCAUACGGAAUCGCCACCUCAUAA